CCCGUGUGGGCGGAGACGAACUGGACAUUGAGUCCCUGACACCGUGACCCUGGCAUUGAGGGCAGCGGCCUGCUUGUUCAGGAACUCGCUCAGUCGCCGGGAACUCGAGCCGCCGUUGCUGCCCGGGACGAUGAUGCCACGCCUGCUUCUGCGCGCCUGGCCCCGCGACCCGGUGGUUGUCCUGGGAGCCCCUAGUCGGCCCUUUAGUGCCAGCUCGGGGCCCGACGAGUACCUACAGCACAGCAUUGUGCCCACCAUGCACUACCAGAACAGCCUGCCCAGGCUGCCUAUCCCCAAACUCGAAGACACCAUGAGGAGAUACCUCAGUGCACAGAAGCCUCUCCUGGAUGGCAGCCACUUCAGGAAGACAGAAGAGUUGUGUAAGAGCUUUGAGAAUGGCGUUGGGAAGGAGCUGCAUGGGUACCUGCUUGCUCAGGACAAGCAGAACAAGCAUACCAGCUACAUCUCAGGGCCCUGGUUUGAUAUGUAUUUAACUGCUCGAGACUCUGUCGUUUUAAACUUUAAUCCAUUUAUGGCAUUCAAUCCGGACCCAAAGCCAGAGUACAAUGACCAGCUGACCCGGGCGACCAACAUGACCGUGUCUGCGGUCCGGUUUCUGAAGACACUUCGGGCUGGCCUUCUAGAGCCGGAAGUGUUCCACUUGAACCCUGCCAAAAGCGACACGGAUGCCUUCAAAAGACUCAUACGCUUUGUUCCCUCCUCUCUGUCUUGGUACGGAGCCUACCUGGUCAACGCGUAUCCCCUGGACAUGUCCCAGUAUUUCCGGCUCUUCAACUCAACUCGUUUACCCAAACCCAGUCGUGAUGAACUCUUUACUGAUGCCAAGGCUAGACACCUCCUGGUCCUAAGAAAAGGACAUUUCUAUGUCUUUGAUGUCCUCGAUCGAGAUGGGAACAUUGUGAGCCCCUCAGAAAUUCAGGCACAUCUGAAGUACAUUCUCUCCGACAGCAGCACUGUGCCUCAGUUUCCCCUGGCGUAUCUGACCAGUGAGAAUCGGGACAUCUGGGCAGAGCUCAGGCAGAAGCUGGUGCAAGGUGGCAACGAGGAAGCCCUGAGGAAAGUGGACUCUGCUGUCUUCUGCCUCUGCCUGGAUGACUUUGCAAUGAAAGAUGUCACCCACUUGUCACACACCAUGUUGCAUGGCGAUGGCACAAACCGCUGGUUUGAUAAGUCCUUUAACCUCAUCGUAGCCAAGGAUGGCACCGCUGCAGUCCACUUUGAGCAUGCGUGGGGGGAUGGUGUAGCGGUGCUUAGGUUUUUUAACGAAGUGUUCAAAGACAGCACUCAGACCCCUGCCAUCACUCCCCAGAGCCGGCCAGCUGCUACCGACUCCUCUGCGUCUGUGCAGAAACUCAGCUUUAAGCUGAGCGAUGCUUUAAAGGCUGGCAUCACCACCGCUAAGGAAAAGUUUGAUGCUACCAUGAAAACUCUCAGCAUUGACUCCAUCCAGUUUCAGAGGGGUGGCAAGGACUUCUUGAAGAAGCAGAAGCUGAGCCCUGAUGCAGUGGCCCAGCUGGCCUUCCAGAUGGCCUUCCUGAGACAGUAUGGCCAGACAGUGGCUACCUAUGAAUCCUGCAGCACUGCAGCCUUCAAGCACGGCCGCACGGAGACUAUUCGCCCAGCCUCCAUCUUCACUAAGAGAUGCUCCGAGGCGUUCAUCCGGGAGCCCUCCAAGCACAGUGUGGGCGAGCUUCAGCACAUGAUGGCUGAGUGCUCCAAAUACCAUGGCCAGCUGACUAAAGAAGCAGCGAUGGGUCAGGGCUUUGACCGACACUUGUUUGCUCUACGGUAUCUGGCAACAGCCAGAGGGGUCACCCUCCCUGAGCUCUAUCUGGACCCUGCAUACCAGCAGAUAAACCACAACAUCCUGUCCACGAGCACUCUGAGCAGCCCAGCACUGAGUGUUGGUGGCUUUGCCCCCGUGGUCCCUGAUGGCUUUGGCAUCGCAUAUUCUGUUCAUGAUGACUGGAUAGGCUGCAAUGUCUCCUCCUACUCAGGGCGCAACGCCCAGGAAUUUCUCCGCUGCGUCCAGAAGUGCUUAGAAGACAUGUUCGAUGCCUUGGAAGGCAAAGCCAUCAAAACUUAGCUUCUUGGUGGAUGAGAAGCCUCCAUUUUUCCUCAUCACAAACAUGGGUGUCCAUGUAGCUGGUAGGUACUAUCUGUGCCUAACAAAACUAGUUCCGAGGUGCCUGAAAGCCAGGGCUGCAGUGUGUGUGAGCUGAAAGGUCCCAGCCAAAGGGAAUGGGGAUCACACAGUUUGGAAAACUAACUCAGGUAUAUUUAUUGUUUAAACAGCAAUAAAGCUCAGUUGUUGCUUGA